AUGGCCGCUCCUCUGCGCCCAUUACUACCUACAACUGCGAGGAGGCCUCCAGUAGAGCCACCACGCCCGCGAAAGAGGGACAAAGUGUCGGUUGCCUGCGAAGCUUGCCGCCUCCAUAAGACAAAGUGUACCGCGGAACGACCAUCCUGCCAAGCAUGCACUGUGCGUCAAAUUCCCUGUAGGUACAUUCAGAGGGAAUUCCAUGGCGUCAAGCAAAAAUAUGAAGAACACAAAGAGUUUGUCAAUCUGGUGAGGACACUGCCAGAACAGGAUGCUAUCGAGCUUUUCCACCGAGUAAGAGCUGGAGGAGACGUUGCAGCUAUCGUAAGCCACGCCAGAGACGGCAACUUGCUGCUACAGCUUCACCUCGCACCAGAGACUCGUUUCAGAUACGAGCUUCCCUAUAGUCGGGACAUGCCAACAUUGCUCUUGACUUCUGGCAGCCCCUAUCUCGACUCUCUGGUAUACGAAGCAGCUGCUCAACGUGCCCUACUCUUACAGGCGCAGGAUCCUGCUACUACAGAGCCCGAGCAUCGAGUUUUUCCACCAGAAUAUACCUCUUCGGAAUAUCGGAGCGAGUAUGUCAGACCCUACCACGCAGCAGUAUUGAUUGAGCCUCGCAUAGAAAAUGUGAAGCCGUCGGAAUGGACUACGGUCAGCAAGGAUGACGCAUUGAUGAGGGACUUACUCACUGCUUAUUUCGCGCAUGAAUACCAUCUCUGGCCAGUCUUUCACAAAGAUUAUUUCUUAGAGGACAUGGCCAAGCCAAAAUCCGAAAACCGGAAGACCCCUUGUUGUUCGGCCUUGUUGGUCAACGCUAUACUGGCAUAUGCAUGCUAUUCUUCCAAAAAGAUAGAAAAUCGUUUCAGAUACUGGGAACCUGAUGGCCUUGGCUAUCGAUUCCUCGCCGAGGCAAAGCGCAUCUGGGAAAUGCAGACUAUCAAUCGCAAAAACCGAAACCUCGCUUCAGUCCAAGCGGCACUGGUCAUCAACAUAAUUUAUAAUAUAUAUGGCUUGGACAAACUUGGUACUCCCUUUGGUCUGCAAGGUCUUGCCAUAGCCCUAGAUUUGCGACUAUUCGAUGGAAACGCAGACGUCAAAUCGGAGCGGGUACGCAACGCCCGUAAUUUUACCGCAUGGUGUCUCUUCAAUAUCGAUAGGUAUGAAUUCCUCCGCCCCCCUUUCCUGACCAAACCCCCAAGCUAUGAACUUCCUGAUCCAUCCACGAAUGCAGUCUGGUACAGCGAGAUCUGGACCAGAUAUCCUCUCAGCCCAACACUGUCACCAACGUAUUACGGGCAUAUCUUCAAGGCUACGUCCGAAUUUAGAGUCAUCCUCAGCGAGUUGUGCCAUGCAUCAUUUAGCACGGCCUCAAAGCUUCCAACAGAUAAAGCCAUGUUGUUCGUAAGCCGCUUACUAACAUGGUAUAAAAACCUUCCUACCGUUCUAUUACCAAAGUAUAUCGUACUGCCAGCACAUUUUCUUAUACACCUCGACUACCAAAUCACUCUUAUGAUCGUUUGCCAGCCUUAUUCUAACGAUAAGUGGGAGAAUGGGCUUGUACCCAAGGACAUCAUCGCCAACGCUGAACGCGACAUCAAUGUCCUCAUCCGACUAUAUUAUUUCCGGCAUGGCUUCGAAGACGCACAUCUCUACUUGACAUCCCCGCUUUCCAAACUUGGCUUCAUGUCCCUGAACAGUAUACACGAGCGGAUGACGCACCAGGAACUCGACUACGCGCGAUCGAGCCUCCUCCUCGCCCUCAAAGGCCUGCGCGAACAAGGCCGCAACUACUACAUCGUAAGAACCAUAUACCAUAUCAUCAAGAAUCAGCUGCGGCCCGAAGAAUCACGGCUUCUACAGGGCUUGGAGGACCGGGAAACAGAGUAUGACAAGGAUCCGGGGCUAGUGGGCGAGAUCCAGUCGGCGUGGACUCCUACGGUUUUUGACAUUUCGGAAGAUCCAUCCGCGACUGAGUUAUCGAAAUUGGCAAAACGCUACUUGAAGCUUGAGUCGGAGGAACCGAGUGAUAGUGAGGCUGGUAAUUGUUCGCCCUUGUCGGUGUAA